AUGCGAAGACGAGAGGGCUUCCAGUUUGAGGGGAAGAAGAAUCAAGGGUUUAUUGGCAGCAGUGAAGACAGGUUUUAUUUUUAUAAAGGCGAGGCCUUUCUCCCCUGCUACAGCUGAGCAGGCAACCAGGUCGUCUGCCUGCCCGAGGGCACUGCAGCCAGGACCGUGAGCAACGACCAGAACCCGUUUAAGAUGCAUCGGGAACAGGAACUCCAGGACAGGAAGACGGUGUGCCCGUGGGGCUCCUGGAAAGAUGGGUUAAUCCUGCCUGUAGCAGGGAGAAGGCCGUUGGACCCUCCCAGGAAUGAGAGAUUCCACGAGGAUAAGGAUCUCGACUUCUCUUCCUCGCUCGCAAGAGCGCUGGAGGGCGUGGUCCUCAAGGGGACACUGGACCUCACAAAUCCAGUUAAAAGACUGGAGGAUUUCCAAAGAAUAUUCCCGCGUGCAGAGACUGCUCUGGCUGAGCAGGUUCGAAAUUCCCGGAAGGAUCACACCCUCUUUGGGUACCAGUUCCUCAGCGGUGCAAACCCCAUGCUCCUGAGGCGGUCCGCCAGCCCCCCAGCCCGGCUGGUGCUGCCACCAGGGAUGGAGGACUUGAAGACCCAGCUGGAGAAAGAACUCCAGGUCUCCUCCUGUUAUUCCUUUCUUUUCUCCCUCCUAGAGGGGGUCAGGCCUAAUGUUACCAUCUUGAAACAACAAUACGUGGCCGCCCCUCUGGUCAUGCUGAGGCUCCAGCCUGACGGACUCUUACCCAUGGUCAUCCAGCUGCAGCCUCCUCAUCAUGGACACCCCCCACCCAUGCCGUUCCUGCCCUCCGAUCCCCCUCUGGCCUGGCUGCUGGCCAAGACCUGGGUCUGUAGCUCUGAUUUCCAGCUGCACCAGUUACAGUCACAUCUCCUGAGGGGACACCUGAUGGCUGAGGUUAUUUCUGUGGCCACAAUGAGGACCCUGCCCAGCCUGCAUCCCAUCUGCAAGCUCCUGAUCCCUCACUUCCACUACACCAUGGAGAUCAACAUCCUGGCCCGGAGUAAUCUUGUCUCCAAAUGGGGAAUUUUUGAUCUGGUGGUGAGCACCGGUAGUGGAGGCCAUGUGGACAUUCUCCAGAGAGCCACCACUUGCUUGACCUACCGUUCCCUCUGCCCUCCUGACGACCUGGCUGACCGUGGGCUCUUGGAUGUGAGGUCUUCUCUCUAUGGCCAAGAUGCCCUCAGGCUGUGGGGAGUCAUCAGCAGGUACGUGGAGGGGAUGGUCGGUCUUUUCUACAAGAGUGAUGAAGCUAUGAGGGAUGAUCCGGAGCUGCAGGCUUGAUGCAGAGAGAUCACUGAGAGCGGGCUGCAGGGUGCCCAGGACCGGGGGUAA